AUGUCACUUGGUGGAGACACUCCCAAGGGAUUUUUCUGCAUCCUGAACAAAUCUAUACUGAUAAAAUCAAUGGCAACAACUAACUCCAAUGUGAAGAAGGCUUUGGAUGAAGAAUGUCCCACUCUUCCAAGGAUCAAAUUUGCUGAUGUUACUGCUGAAAUGUACCCACUGGGCACCAAACUGUAUUAUGAAUGUGACAGUGGCUACAAGAGAAGAAGUGGCCAGUACCCGGGAAUUUUGUGUCGGAGUACACCGCAGUUUGCUUCUUGGGUCUACAAGGAAUUUGAAUGCAUUGAUGAGAAAAUUUUGUUGUCAGCGGCUCCCAUGAUGGAGUUAGAUUUUGCACAGAAGCCAGAAAGAAAAACACAGAGCCCUGCACCCCAGAAGCGAAAAACUGUUUCAGAGUUUGACCAGAAAGAUUUUUGCGGUCCUCCCAAGACUAUUCCACAUGCCUCUUUAAAACUGAGCAAAUCGUAUUACGUGGGACAAGUAUUACAUUUCAAAUGCCAGAGUGGUUAUGAUAAGCGACCCCCCACCUCUGGCACUCGCAUGUGCAAGAAGGUGAAUGGUAAAAUCAUCUGGACCCCCCUUGAUAUGAGAUGCACCAACGACAGUGACAAGGGGCUGCCACAGACUAUUGAGCCAGGUUCGACUCAUCCAUCUUUUUCCUCAUCUGUGAUACUGCCAGUGACAGGCUCAACAUUUUGUACAAGGGCUCUUGACUCCAGCUGGAGUCUGCUGACAACUGUAGCGCAUUAUGAUAAGGAGGAAUAA